AUGUCCGACGACAAGAAAGAUAACAGCAAGAUCCUCGACUUCAACGAUGUGCCUCGCGAGCGCUCCGAACCCAGACCCGACUUCUCAAAACCUCUGCCUCGCAAGAGACUGCCAGCCGCCCUGCAAGAUACUCUGGACAAUGAAGAGAAGCUGUGGGAGACCAUGUAUGAGGGACAUGCCCAAGAGUCGACCGAGAGCUCCGUCCGUUACGCUGCUUACGCUUCGAGAGUCCGUACAAUUCUGAUGUCGGCUCAUCGUUACGUUGCAUACACCAGCGAUAUUGGCGAGAGCUUCAGACCGAUUGCGCACCCUUACUUGGUCAAGGGUGCCUACGGUGUCUCUUGGGCAUACCUCAUUGGCGAUGUCUCCCACGAAGGCUACAAGGCCUACAUUCGCAACCAGCAUGUGCUGAACCCAGAGACCUACACCGACGCUACUGGUGCUGCAACGGACAGCAAGACUGUCACUUCUCAGCUUGCAUCCAAUGCCACUAGUACCGCCGUGGCCCAAACUACUCCUGGAAAGGUUCCCCUCAUUGAGGACUACAGAACUGUCAUGGUCCAGAGAGCAAUCUUCCAAGGUGUUGCUAGUAUGGGUCUGCCAGCCUUUACCAUUCACUCAAUCGUAAAGUACGCCGGCAAAGCUCUGAAAGACAAUAAGAAUGUCAAGCUCCGCACCUGGGGCCCCAUCGGUUUGGGCCUUGCCGCUGUCCCUGCUCUCCCCUUCAUGUUCGAUGAGCCGGUAGAGACGGCCGUCGAGUGGGUCUUCCACAAGGCCUGCUCAGCCAUCGGUGGAGAAGAAGCUGUCCACGGUCGUCCUGAGACUGGUAGAUCAGCUCUGUCGCAAAUAGAGUCCAAGGUUGUUGCCGCCAAAGAGAAGGAGCUAUAG